CGCAUGCUGGGCGCUGAGAGGCUGCGAGGCGCUGAGGAGCUCCGGGGUGGGUGAGCCACAUGGCGCCUUCACCACGCGGUCCAGGCGCAGAGCCCUCGGGGCCUUGGGUCCUGAGUUGUCGCCUGCUGCUGCUCCUGGCGUGGUUGCCGCUGAGCUCACCAAGCUCGGGUUUCAAAGAGAACAAAACCAUGCCAGACUGUAGUGAGCCCUGGUGGUCAUCAGAACUGGACAAGAUUCGCCGCCACUGGCCCUGGGAGGCCAGUGUCCGGACAGACAAUGUGCACGUGUGUGGAGGGGCCCUCAUUGCCUCCAUCUGGGUGGUGACUGCUGCCCACUGCAUCCAAAGCAACAAAGAGUACUCAGUGGUGCUCGGCACCUCCCAGCUGCAGCCCUCAAGCCCCAGCAGGAUCUUCUCGGUCCCUGUGAAGGACAUCAUUAUACAUCCCAAGUACUGGGGCCGAACCUUCAUAGUGGGCGACAUUGCUCUUCUUCGUCUUCCUACUCCCAUCAUCUUCAGCAAGUACGUGCAGCCCGUCUGCCUCCCGGGACCCACCUUUGACCUGAAAGUGGGGACACAGUGCUGGGUGACUGGCUGGGGCCAGGCCAAGCAGCGCUUCUCAGCCAACUCCACACUGAGCUCAGACCUGCAGGAGGCUGAGGUGUUCAUCAUGGACAACCAUCGGUGUGACAAGAUUUACCGCAAGCAGUCCCUCUUACCCUAUGUUGCCCACCUCGUCCUGGGAAGCAUGGUUUGUGCUACCAGUUAUGGAGAAAAUUUGUGCAAUGGGGACUCUGGGGGACCACUGGUUUGUGAAGUCGAGGGCAAAUGGAUUCUGGCAGGGGUGUUGUCCUGGGAGAAGGCUUGCGCCAAAGCAAAAAAUCCAAGCGUUUUCGCCCGCAUCACCAAAUACACCCAGUGGAUCAAGAAGCAGAUGAACAAUGAUGUGCUCUCAGUUCCCAGCUCUGCCUCCUCCUGGCUCCUGUCCCCAUUCUGGCUGUUUCUCCCCACCUUACCCUUGGUGUUUUGCCUAUGCUGAAUGGCACAGAAAGAUAUGUAAAUACAUGGAU